AUGUCCACGCGCGGCACACGGAAACGAGCACGGACGGGCUCGGUCGCCGCGGCCUCCAACGACGGCGCGACACCGGAGCCCGGAAACGCAGGAGUUGCCUCGAGGAAGCGCGACGAGGAGUUCUGGUACGAGGAUGGAAGCAUCAUUCUCGUCGCGCGCGACGUCGAGUUCCGCGUCUUCAAGGGCAUUCUCGCGGAACACUCCUCAGUCUUCAGGGACAUGUUUUCUCUGCCCCAACCUCAGGGCGACGCAUCCUCUUCCACCGGUAUAUCUCGAGACGUAGAGCACCCGUGUCCUAUUGUGCACCUGUCCGACUCUCCUGAAGACCUGCGUCACGUCUUGCGAGCGUAUAUGCCCAAAGGCGGUCCCAGCGCAUUCUUUCACAGCGGCGCUGCCCCUCUUUACUCGUAUCACUCGAUCUCCGCGGCCGUCCGGCUAGGCCACAAGUACCAAAUGACGGGCAUCCUCAACAACGCCCUUCAGUACUUGAAGACAUACUACCCAACCGACUUCGAGAAAUGGACGGCACUCGACGAAUACGGCCCUCCUGGGUUUGGCAUUCAUCAUGCGAUAGGUGUCGUCAACCUUGCUCGUCUUCUCGACGACGUCAGCCUGCUCCUCAUGGCGCUCCUCGUGUGCUGCGAGUUUGAGGACGGGGAACAGUUGAUUCGUGGCUUUGAGCGCGAGGACGGCACACGUGAACAGCUGACGCUGGACGACGUCGGACGGUGCUACUCCGCCCAAAUCCGCCUCGCCGGAGAGUCUGCGAAAAUCGCCCUCCGCGCCUGCCGCCCGGAGCUCUCAGAUGCAUGCAAGACACGGCAAGACUGCGCCGACACCUUCGAGGGCAUGCUUAACAAGCUCGGAGAUAUCGAGGACCCGCGUUCCAUUUCCCAUUUUGACCCAUCUGCUGCUACACAGGCCUUUCUGGAUAUCUUCGAGGACGACGAUCUGCCCACUAGCAACACGGAGUUUAACGGAUGUCUUCGCGUGUCACGAGAAAGAGAGCGCGGACGGACGCGAGCGAGACACGCUCCGUCGCAACACGACGAAGAGUUCUGGUACGACGACGGAACCAUUAUUCUUAUCGCCGGCAACGUGGAGUUCCGCGUCUACAAGGGAAUCCUCGCCGAGCACUCCCCGGUGUUCAGCGAUAUGUUCUCUCUGCCGCAGCCGCCGCAGGGAGCCGUCACGCCUGGGGAUCCGCCGUGCCCUGUCGUCCACGUCUCGGACUCCCCUGAAGACCUGAGGCACGUUUUGCGCGUGUACAUGCCGAAAAGCGAUCCCAGCCCCUUCUCUCCUGACGAACCCACGUUCGACGCGAUCUCAGCAACGAUCCGCCUCGGGCACAAAUACCAGAUGUCGCGCCUCGUCGAACACUCGCUCGACUACCUUAAGCAAUACUACACGGACGACUUCGACACCUGGACGGCGAACGACGCGCCCGGCCCACCCGAGUUCGUCGCCCGCCACGCCAUCGCCGUCGUCAACUUGGCGCGUCUCACCGGGGAGACUUCGAUUCUCCCCACGGCAUUCCUCUCAUGCUGCAGCCUGGGCGCGGACAUCGUCGACGGGCUGGUGCGCGAGGAUGGCACGCGCGAGCAUCUCUCGAUGGCCGACCUCGGCCUGUGCUUCGUCGCGAAGGCGCAGCUCGUCCAGGAGGCGUUCGAGAACGCUAUCAACGUGCUGGCGCCGCCCGUCGCGGAUCAGUGCACCAGCCCCUCCCAGUGCAGGAAGCGGCUGGCGCAUUACACGAAGUUCCUCGCUGCGAGAGGGACGCCCAUCGCGUUCAAAGGCCCGCUGUACUCCAUCGUACGGAUGCUGUGGCCCCCUCACGUGAAAAGGGACCAAUUGUUCUGCGCCUUCUGCUGGACUAUGCUCGAUGAGCGCGAUGUUAAUCAGCGGCGCGCGCUGUGGAAAGCGCUUACGGAUGUAUUGGGCCUGACCGACGGCACAUCCGAGACUGCAGACGAGGAAGACUCGGAUGGGGACGAAGAGCACGAUAACUAG